CAUCACCAAGGAGAGGACAGAGGUGGUGUUUGAGGGCACGCAUGCCUGGGAUCCUGAUGCGGCUGAUGCAGUGUGGGAGGAAUACGAGUUCAAGUGCAAGCCCGGAAGGAUAGAUGCAACGCCUUGCCUCAUCUCACCCUAUCAUUACCGCCUUGACUGGUUGAUGUGGUUUGCUGCAUUUCAGUCAUACGAACAUAAUCCCUGGAUCAUUCAUUUAGCUGGCAAAUUUCUAAUGAAUGAUGCAGAAGUUUCAACAUUAAUUUCACACAACCCAUUCCUUGGCAAAGACCCUCCAAGAUUUGUACGGGCACUUCACUAUAGAUACUGGUACACAAGCCUAUGGGAUGUAGAUAGGCGACACUGGUACAAACGUUCAAUAAAAGGCAUUUAUCUCCCUCCUGUAGACAUACGUAUGCUCAAACCACUCUUCAGGCGAAUGCAGUGGAGAUCUCUUGGUUGAUUAGAAGUAGAUGCUAUAAUUAUGCCUUUGUUAAGUUUGUUGAUCUUGAAUAUAGGAAUAUUGUUGAUAUUUUCUUUACAAAGGAUAUAUAUGUGUAUAUAAUUUUUUUGGUAUUUGAUGCAUAUCAAACUUCCACAUUAGUUUUGUUGGUGCAAAUUUAUUGGUUUUACUUGUACAUUGAAGUAUUAUUACUUUAUGCAAGUAUUUUCAUUAACCCAUAAAAGGUCACCCAUAUGUGUGUACAUGAAUGCUAAGGGUAUGAUUUAUGAUCAGUCGUGUAUAAAUGUGUUCUUCAAUAUCCAGCCAGAAGUGGAUAAGAUGAUUGUAAUAAUUGCAGUCAUUGUGUCAAUUUUGUUGGGUAAUAGGAAGAUUCUUGCCAAGAUAAAAGAAAGUAGACCAAACCUGUUUUAGAAUGGUUGAUUAUAUUUUCAGAAUAUGAUGUAAAAUUCAGAAUGAAUUUGAAUUCCCUGUGGAAACCUGCAGAUAAGUUCAGUUGGGAUUCUAAAUAACAGUCUGAGGCACCUCAGCGGUGUACAUUUUUUAAAUUGGCAGUGCCAUAUUUCCAUGCUUCAUUUUUGGUGUGAAUAGUAUGUAAUGAGAAUGAACCAGCAAAUCUGGUGCUGUCUGGCCUCUUUCCUCAGGUUUCAGGGCCAUAGAGAGGUAAUCCUCUUCUCAUUUUAUGUAUUACCUCCUAUUGCCUCACUCCCUUUCCCACUCAGUCAUCCUCCAGACCAUUAUAGGCUACUUACUUAACCCGUAAUCCCAUCCUCUCACUUUUCCCCAAGGAUCCUCUUAUUUCCCCUCUUGCAAUCAUAUCCAAGCCUUGUAGAAGGUACUCACCAUAUAACUUUGUAUUUCUUAUUGCUGUUAUACCACUUAUGCAUAUAAAUACAUGCUUUAUUGAUUUAUUAAUUCAGAUAAAGGUUUUUAUUUCUUUAUUUGUGUUUUAUUUACAGCUUUUGAUAAAUGUGCCCAUUUUUAUAAUUUUGCAGAGUAUCUUUUUCAAACUUUCAAACAUCAAAGGCCAAAUUUUCUCAUACUUAAAGUUCAGUGUGUGGGGUUAAAUGCAGUUAGGGCUGAAUAACUGCAGUCCUUAGUGAUUAACAGUUUUCAUUAUUUUUUAAAGUUUGUGUGAGAUGUUUGAUCAAAAAGAUAGAGAAGAAAAAAGACCAGGGGAGGUACCAUUACUUUAGAUUAACAUGACCUUUUACGGGUUAAGAAUGUUAAGGAUUUACCACAACUAUUAUCUGAUGGAAAAUUUUCUUUUCUUCAAAAUCUUCCUGCAUUGUUUACAUGGUUCAGAAUUAAUGACUCCUGGAAGACCUUGUUAAAGCAUAACUUUUUUGAAGGCAAGAAUUUUAGUCAAGAUUGUCAUCAUCUGGAAUUUCAUCAACAUAACUUAGACCUUGUUGACUUUGGAAAUAGUGUAAGUAGCAUAGUUACAUGUCAAGUUUUACUGAUGGAUGAUGUAAUGAUGGGUUACGAAUAUCAUGCUGUUAUUCACAUAUAUUUAUUAGGCUAAGUUUUAAAACAGGCAUGUCAAACUCAUUUGCUUUGGCAAGCCAGUUAUAGUAGAAGUAUGAUUUGAGUAGGACAGACAACAUAAGUAGUGUGAGAGAUAAAAGAUCCCUCGAUAAGUUGUUUAAAAUUAAGUAAAGAAUUUUAAAGGGAAUGGACAAACGGGCCAUUUGAUUGAAAAGUCUAAGGUAGUGUUGGGACACAUGUUUGACAUUCCUGCUUUAAAGCAGUGCUCAUGAUAAAGGAGAAAGGAUUUGCUGAAGUUGUUUACUGAGAUCUUAAACUACUGUUACACUAUUCAUGAAUAAUAAUGGAAUUUAUAGCUUCCAGUAGGCAGGGUAUUGUCUGUCCACUGGUUUAGGAUAAAACAAUCAUCCUGCAGAUUAUUUAUUUUUUGCAAUUAGCCAGUCUAUAACCAUUGUGAUGGAUUCAACCUCUUCUGCCCAUUUUAACACUGAGUGACAAAGAAAUACAUGAAAAUGUAAGACAAUUGAUUUUUUAUGAAUAGUAUGAUAGUGCCAUUGCCUUUUUUUCUUUUGUAUACCUAAUGCAAGUGUUCCUGGUGCAAGCGCAAAAAUUUCCAUUUUUCUAUCACUUAAGGUUCAAAUUUUGUGCCUUGGUGCCUGUUGACAUUGAGCUUAAUAUAUACCUGUGUAAAGCUUAGUUGAAUUGAAUUCAUGUUACCUUCUUUUUAGUCUAGGUUCUGAUUUUUUUUUCCAGACUUUUGAUGUUCAUAAUAUGUCUUCAGCUUUUGUAAAGAAAAGAUUGUGACUGUACUUUGUCUCAUUUAUUUUAAACUUUUAAGUAUGAUUCUGAGAUUAUGGAUAUCAUGAAUGUGAACCCAUUCACUUCAUAUGUAGAAAUUAGUGUAGGUUAAAUAUAUCAACAUCUAUGACCACACUUCCUAGCCAUUUGCCUCUGACACUGGUAAUUAAGAUUAUCAAGUGAAAUGUAGUGUAAUCAUAAAUUUUGUGAAAUCUUAUUGCAAUAGAGAGAAAUAGUUAAUGUCUUGUCAGUUUAGCAGGGAUAAAUGUACCUGUAUUGAUAUGAUACUCCAAACCCUCCAUCUUUGGAAUAUGAUAGUGAAACUGACACAGAAAUCAUUUUCAUUAAAGCCAGUGGCAUUAUAAUGUUUUUGAACAUUGCCUGGUCAGUCACCUCUACCUCAAAAACAAAAAAAUUCAAAACAAUCAGCUUCAGGUUAAGCUCGGAUAAUAAAAUCCUGUCUUGUUACAUAAAUAACUAUGCAAGAUCUCCAUUUUCCAAGCAAGUAUCCAGAGAUUGUUCUUGGCAGUCCUUUGGUACUACCAGGUCUUUCUUUUCCUUAACUUUCUUACAUAAGGUUGCAGAUCUGUAACAACUUACCAUAAAUUGAUGGUGACAUUAGUUACUGUAUCGUACGUGUAACUGAAUUUGACAGAGCUACCUUCAACUUUUUAAAGUGUCUAAAUUUUAGAUAGCCUUUUGUUCCAAAUCUACAAACAAAUGUGUGACAAGUUUUGUGAUGAGAAGCUUGUAAAUACAUCAUCUGUCUAUUGACAAUUUUUCUUUUCUUAUACUGCCUUCCCUUUGAUUAAUCAUCCAGCAAGAUUAAUGUUGCAUGUAACGGGUUAAAAGCAUCCUACAUUUACGGAUUUGUAUAGACUAAAAUAUCAUAAGUUGAUGUAGUAAGUAACAAUUCACUAAUACAGAAACCAUGACUUUCCUACUUAUAAGUAAAAUGUGUAUGGACUACACUUAUCAUAUAUCAGAGUCAGUUCUUAUACUUUAAUAAAAAUGUAAAUAAAAAGCCCAAGAGUGAAGUAUCAGUUUUUCUAACAAAGUCUGAUUUUGAGAUUAAUAAUUUGCUGCUAAGCAUAGUAAUGUCCAUUUUAAAGUAAUGUCCUUAUCAGUAUAAGGAGUUCUUGGUUAUGAUAAUUUUUUCAAUGCAGGUUAUGUAUUUUGGUUUCAUGAGCAAUAAAAAAUAGCCUCCAUA